AUGGCCGCAACAACAACCACGGCGGCGAGUGUAAGCGCCGCCGGAGCAGGUGGUGCCGGAGCUGAAGACCGAGUUCUCGCGACGGCGCAGCAGAUCGUGAAGAGUCUCAACAACGCACCGAAAGAUGUCCGCGACGAUAUGCUUCUCAUCUUCUCAAGCUUCGAUAACCGUUUAUCAAACAUCAAAACAGUGAUGACCGAUCAAAACGACGCUCUUCUCGCUCGUUUAGAAGCCGCCGAGACGGUUAUCCACCGAUGGGACGGCGGCAACGAUUCAUCUCGACACUCUUCUUCGUCUUCCAGUAACCACCACCGUUGCUCUUCCUUCUCUCUCUCCUUGGACGAAUCUCCGGAGGAAGCGACGGAGUUUCUAUCGGCUGUUGAUGAGAUCAUCUCUCUCCUCGAGGAUCUCUCCUCUGAGAACAAACCCGAUUUGGUGGAUAGAGCUGAUAGUGCUUUGCAGAUGGCUAUGUCUCAGCUUGAAGACGAAUUCCGACGGAUUUUGAUCCGAAACACCGUCCCUCUCGACGCCGAGCGGCUCUACGGCUCGAUGCGGCGAGUUUCGCUGUCGUUCGCAGACGGCGAUGUGGUUGAGGAUUUCGAGAAUUUCGGAUUGGUUGCUGACGGAGAAGGUAGUGGUAACGGAAGCAGAAGGAGACUGUUCCAUGAGAGAGGAGGAAGCAUAGGUUGCGAUCUCUGGGUUGAUUUGAUAAAUCCGACGGCUGUUGAAGAUCUGAGAGAGAUCGCGGAGAGGAUGAUCCGAGCCGGUUACGAGAAGGAAUGUGUUCAGGUGUAUAGCACGGUGAGGCGCGAGGCGUUAGACGAAUGCUUGGCGAUUCUCGAUGUGGAGAAGCUGAGUAUCGAAGAAGUGCAGAAGAUCGAUUGGAGAUCUAUGGAUGAGAAGAUGAAGAAGUGGAUCCAAGCCGUGAAGAUCGCCGUUAGAGUGCUUCUAGCCGGCGAGAAGAAGCUCUGCGAUGAGAUCUUCUCCGGUUCGGAGUCGAGCAGAGAAGUCUGUUUCAACGAGACGACGAAGAGCUGCGUGAUGCAGAUGCUGAAUUUCGGAGAGGCGGUGGCGAUUGGGAAGAGAUCGCCGGAGAAGCUGUUUAGGAUUCUUGACAUGUACGAUGCUCUGGCUAACGUUGUGCAGUGUCUUGAGUUGAUGGUUACUGACGAAUUCGUGUGUAACGAAGCGAGAGGAGUGUUGGAAGCGUUGGGUGAUGCUGCGAGAGGGACGUUCGUUGAGUUCGAGAGUAACGUGAGGGACGAGACGUCGAAGAAGCCGACGACCAACGGCGAGGUACAUCCGAUGAUACGCUACGUGAUGAAUUAUAUGAAGCUGAUUGUUGAUUACGCUGCUACGUUAGAGUCGCUUCUUGAGAAGGACGAAGAAGCAGAUGGAGAUAGUUCAACUUUGACAGAGGAGAUGUCAAAGUCUGCUCUUGCGAAACGAAUGCUGAGGUUGAUUACUUCCUUAGAGUCGAAUCUUGAAGAGAAAUCGAAGCUGUACGAAGACGGUGGGCUUCAAAAUGUGUUCUUGAUGAACAACAUUUACUACGUUGUUCAGAAGGUGAAGGACUCUGAGUUAGGUAAGCUGUUGGGUGAUGAUUGGGUUAGGAAGAGAAGAGGGCAGAUACGUCAGUACGCUACAGGUUACCUCAGGGCGUCGUGGAGCAAGGUGUUGUCUGCUUUGAGAGAUGAGAAUAUGGGAGGGAGCUCGAGUGGUAGCCCGAGUUACGGACAAAGAAGCAGCGGUUCUAGUAGUAGCGCGUCGAAGGUGGCGUUGAAGGAGAGAUUCAGAGGGUUUAACGCUAGCUUUGAAGAGCUGUACAGGCUUCAGACGGCUUGGAAAGUACCGGAUCCUCAGCUCCGGGAAGAGCUGAGGAUAUCGAUAUCGGAGAAAGUGAUUCCGGCUUACCGGGCUUUCUUUGGGAGGAAUAAGAGUCAGAUAGAAGGGGGUAGGCAUGCGGGGAAGUAUAUAAAGUACACGCCGGACGAUCUUGAGAGUUACCUACCGGACUUGUUUGAAGGAAAUCAAUUGGUUAUUCACCCGAGAAGGAAAAGUUCUUAG